GUCCGAGGGGCGCUAGGCUGGCGGAGAGACUACAAGUCCCAGGGAGAGGCGGAGCGGGGCCCUAGGUGUACGGGAAGCGGUAGGCAGAGGUUAGCGGCGGGCAGCUUGGGGGUCUGGGUGCAGGAGCCCAGGGUUAGGAGCUGCAGGCAUGCUGCGUCCCAAGGCUUUGACUCAGGUGCUAAGCCAAGCCAACACUGGAGGCGUCCAGAGCACCCUGCUCCUGAAUAACGAGGGAUCCCUGCUGGCCUACUCGGGCUACGGGGACACGGACGCCCGGGUUACCGCAGCCAUCGCGAGUAACAUCUGGGCCGCCUACGACCGGAAUGGAAACCAGGCAUUUAAUGAAGACAAUCUCAAAUUCAUCCUCAUGGACUGCAUGGAGGGCCGUGUAGCCAUCACCCGUGUGGCCAACCUUCUGCUGUGCAUGUAUGCCAAGGAGACAGUGGGCUUUGGGAUGCUGAAGGCCAAGGCUCAGGCCUUGGUGCAAUACCUGGAGGAGCCCCUCACCCAAGUAGCAGCAUCAUAAUGGGCGUUGAUGGAGGCUGGGGUCAGAAAAGAGAGAUGACCAGUCAGAGGGGCAAGGCCUCCUGGGCAAACCUCCUGAACUGUGGGGGAAGGGUGGGCUUUUGUAUUUUCCAGAAUAAAUGUUAACUCCUGA